GGUGCCAUGUGUAUUACUGCUGCUUGCUGCGCUAAAAUGCCAAAUCACGUGUCAUUGUUGAGCGACCCGCGCCUGGCCAUCCUUAAAGAGUCAUUAGCUGUUGGCUCUCUCUCUCUCUGCAGACCUGGAGAUGAAUGCAUAUCCACUCCUCCCACCACGCGUCCCCUUUGGAAUGCGUAAAUUUGCAUGCACCCUCCAGCAACUUGCUUCCCUCUCUUUAACUUCAACACCUGUCACCUGCUUUUUCCUCCUCUUUCUCAUUGUUUCCACUGCAUCUCUCUUUCUUUCCUUGUCCUUCCCCUUCCCCUUCCCCUUCCCCUAACUCGAAGAGGAGAAGAAGAAGAAGCAGCCAUGGAACUAAAUCAAUUACUCUUCCAUCCAUUGUUGCUUUUAAAUUCUGAUCUUGGGUAAACUUGGUUUGUUCUUCUGCAGAACUUUCAAAAUAGAGGGGUUUCUACUCGUUUUACGGUUUCAAAGAGAUUCAAGGAUGGCUGAUAGAGAAUGGAGUUUGAGGAAGAAGAUUGUGUUGACAGGCUUGGCCUUGUCGUCGGCUCCUGUGGUUCUUCCUCCCUUGAUGUUCUUCUCGGCUGUAGGUUUUGUGUUUGCUGUGCCUUUCGGCGUCGCUUUCAUCGGAUAUGCAUGCACUGCAAAAGUACUGAAUUCAUUGCUGCGGAGAAAGCAGGAAAAGGCUCCAUUAAUGGCGAUCAAGGGUGAGGUUGAAAGCGACAAGAAGGUGUGGGAGGAUACUAUUAGACCAGGGAAGCGGAUCAAAUGGGAAGAUAUGCAUCUCGAGGAAAUUCAUGAUGCCGAGGAAAAUUAUGAGGAUGAGAGAGAAUCACCAGUUUCUGGAAAGGAGGAGGAUGGCAAAAGGAUUGAGGAAAAAUGCGAGGAGAGAGAGGGUUUAGAAGGAGAAAGGCGGAAAGAGAGAGAAGUGAAGAGUGAGAAAAAACCUGUGAGUGCGGAAGGAGCGAGAAAGGGGGAAGGUAAAUUCAGUCAAGAACAAGGUGGAGAACUGAAAGACUACAGUACAGAAAAGAAGAAAGAUGAGAGCGAGGAUCUAGAAGAAAUGAGCGAUGGAGAACGAGUGCCUGUGAAAGGAGAGAGAGAGGCUCUAGGGAAAUUGAGUGAAGAACAAAGUGUAGAACUGAAAGAGUCCAAUAAAGGAGAGAAGUAUGAGAGAGCUGAUCCAGAACAAUUAAGGCCCAGUGAGGGGGCAGCAGCGACGGUGAAAGGAAGAGAGAAAGAGGAUGGAGGUGAAUCAACUGAAGAAGAAGGAAGCUCAAAAAUGGAAGACUACACUGAAGAGAGAAACAAAUAUGUUAUGAUUGUUUCCGAGAAGCAAGCACCUGAACCAGAUGAACCAAAAAAAAAGUUAGAUGAAGCUCAUGGGAUCAAAGAAGGCCCUGCAACUUUUACUCUGCAACCUGUUCAUGGUGAAAAUAAAGACCACACAACAAUUGUUAGUGAGGAGCCAUCCGCCCCUAUGCUACAGAAGAAUGGGCAUGGGGAUGUGACGGAACCAUGUCCUGACAUUUAUUGUUACUCUGCUUUACCAUAUCCAAGUGAAAGCAAAGAGACAGCAGAGGUUGGUAAUCCGCAGUCCACCCGUGUCUUUGAGAAUGGCCAUGGGAGCCUCCGGGAACCUAGCCGUGGUGUUUUGGAUUAUUCUUCUUUACCUGAAUCUCCUAAGCAGAAAGUGAUUGUUUCAGAAAUGGGCUCUUUAACUGAUUACACAUCAACAAUGGGCGAUAUCUCUGCCCUAACAACCAAUGAGCUUAUAUCAACAACAGGGGAUCUCUCUGUCGAUACUAUGAACAAGAGAGGUGAUGACACUGUGGAUUUUCCUAUCAAGUCUCAAUCUGUUGUCCAUACGGAGUCUAUCCCAGGAGGGAAGCCUGUGUCUGAAGAGAAAGCAAUUGCUUCGGAAAUGGUCUCUUUAACUGACGACUACACAUCAGUAAUGGGCAGUAUCUCUGCCCUAACAACCAAUGAAUAUAUAUCAACAAUAGGGGAUCUCUCUGUCGACAGUAUGAACAAGAGAGGUGAUGGCACUGCGGAUUUUCCUGUCAAGUCUGAUGGUCAUACUGAGUCUAUACUAGGAGGGAAGCUUGUGUCUGAAGAGCAAAAAGAGAUUGCUUCAGAAAUGGUCUCUUUAACUGAUGACUGCACAUCAACAAUGGACGAUAUCUCUACCCUAACAACCAAGAAGUAUAUAUCAACAACAGGGGAUCCCUCUAUUGAUACUAUAAACAGGAGAGGUGAUGACACUGGCGGUUUUCCUGUCGAGUUUCAAUCUUAUCAAUCUGGUGCUCAUACUGAGUCUAUUCCAGGAAGGAAGCCCAAGUCCGAGUCUAUACCAGGAGGGAAGCCUGUGUCUGAAGAGGACUUGUACAAUGAGGAGGUGAUAUGGGAGCAGAUUGAGGCAAUGCGGGCCAUUGUAGGGUACAAAGGGGUUAUUCAUGCUUCUUGUUUGGAAGAACUCAAAGCCCUUUAUGUUUUCACAGGAGUGGAGCCUCUGGCCUCUUUCAAGGACACUCCUGAUCUCAUGGAGCUCAAUGACAAGCUAAGGUUUCUUAAAUCGGUUGUUGGAGUAAAAUGAGUGAAGCACAUUUCCUCUUACAGUCUUCAAAAAACUAGUGGUAUUUUCUUUUGUUUUACUCUCAUGCAAAUCUAGGUUUGAACACUGUUUUCAUUAGUUUCAGUAUACAUACAUGAGAGGGUCCUGUUAGAUUAGCAAGGAAAUCUGUCACUUGAUCAAGCUCUUUGUGGAUAAGGAGGUAUGGUUUUGGGGCUUCGUUAUGACCUUUGAUUUUCUUCUUUUGGGUUAGUUGAGGAGUAGGAUUAUAUGUCUUGGACGGGAUGUCAUGGUGUUGCAACGUCAACACUUCAAUCAAUCUAGCAACUAUUUCUGAGAAGGGUAGGUUAGCUUGUUUGGGCUUUUUGGGAUGAACUUCCAAGGGUGUGAACCUUUGGCUGCACCAUCAAAGGCUUGACUGGCAUGCUUAGUCUGUUAUUUAGCUGCCUGUGUGUGACAACACUAGAAAAAGGUCGACUGGUUUAUCGUGGACAGCUAGGAGAGGCAUUCUUUGGUUUGAAGGUAUCUAGACUUCUCAAGCCAGCCUCUACUUAGUUAUUUAGUAAUUUAUUUUAGAAAUAGUUCCAGUUCUUUGGAAUAUUGAGGUAGAUUCUUAGCCGUUUCUUUGUAUAUUUUUCCUUUUUAAGCUAUCUUUUUUUUCCUCUUUAUUUAUUUGGUCUUAAUAAUGGUGGCCAUGGUCGAUAUAUAGAUAGGUAUUGCCAGUUUCUUCAGUAUUUGGUCAUCCUAUUUUCCUCCAGACAUGAUGCUCAUGAUGAAGUAGAGAAUGACAAUUACUAACUGAAGCAACUAAGCUUUGAGAUGGGUAUUUGCUAUUGGGAGGAAUGAAUUAGCAUUGGUGAGUGAUUUUGGUGCUGUACAAUGUGGGAGAAAGAGGUCCUAACCCUUGAUAUUGAUGCAAUUCACUCUUUUUUUUAGGGGUAUUCAGAAAGGAAAAAAUUUAUAUAAUGUUGCAACCUUGAAAUGUAGAAUUCAGGUGUACCUAAAGAAUCCACUUUAAGAGGCUAUUUUGAACUUGGAAAACCCUCUAAUUGAUCAUCUCGACAUCGAGAUGCAUGAAGAUGGAAAGGAAAAAGAUUUUGAAUCUC